CAUGCUAUCGUUUUAUUCGCUUUGUGAUUUGUUAUUUGGGAAGCCUGUCCAUAUAUUUUUGAGAAGUUUUGACAAAAGGUCCAGUUUUGGGGAUUUUUUGGAUUUGGGUGAUAAAAGAGGGGGCAAAAAGAGAAAAAGCUGGUGAUGGAGGUUUGUCCAUGGUGGCUCUGUGAUUCAAAUUCCUCAUCCUAUACAGCUCCUAUUAUUAGGGUUUUUACUCAUUAGGCAGAUCCAUUUAUGAAGUAUGAGAAAACCCAGAAUUCGUUGAAUAGCAGACUGGUGGAAUUUUUUUAGUAAGUGGCGGCCUUGUUGUAAUAAGACACAAAGAAGGGAGUGGAGGAUUUAGGCGAGGGCAAUGGAAUGCAAUAAAGAUGAGGCUGCUAGGGCGAAAGAGAUUGCUGAGAAGAAGUUUAAGGCGAAGGACAUUACGGGGGCAAAGAAAUUUGCUUUGAAGGCCCAAAAUUUGUUUCCGGGGCUUGAGGGUAUUCCCCAAAUAUUAGCAACACUUGAUGUGUAUAUUUCUGUGGAUAACAAGAUAAAUGGAGAAGCAGAUUGGUAUGGGAUACUUGGUGUGGAUCCACUAGCCGAUGAUGAGACAGUGAGGAAACAAUAUAGGAAGCUGGCUCUCAUGCUUCACCCUGAUAAGAACAAGUCUAUAGGAGCUGAUGGGGCGUUUAAGAAUGUUUCUGAGGCAUGGAGUUUGUUGUCCGAUAAGGCUAAGAGAGCAGCAUAUGACCAGAGGAGGAACGCAAAAGCAUUUCAGAAAUUUUCUACUCCAACUGGGGGUUCAUCAGCACCACCAGGGGGAAAUGGUUUUUACAACUUUACCAAAAGUACAACUUCAAAUGUGAGGGCUCACAAGAAUACCAGCCGGGCAGUUCACUCUUCGACUUCUGCUUCAUCUCAUAAGUCGAAACACAAUACCUUUUGGACUGUGUGCCAUCGAUGCAAGAUGCAAUAUGAGUAUCUGAGGGUUUACCUUAAUCAUAAUCUCCUAUGCCCCAAUUGCCAUGAGCCGUUUUUCGCAAUAGAAACAGCUCCACCUCCUUGUAAUAGUUCUAAAUCGUCCACCCAGUGGAAUAGUUCCCAGCAGCAGCGGAGCUCAAAUCAUCAAUCAGCUAGUAAAAACACAGUUAAUUCAGGAAGAAACAAUGUUACGUCACCAAAUGUUGGAGUGGGGGGCUUCAGUAGUCCUGAUUCAUAUAACCAGACCAACUUUGAGUGGGGUCCAUUCUCGAGAACAACUGGUGCUUCAUCUACUGCUCAAGCUGCAAGCAUGGUUCAGCAGGCAUAUGAGAAAGUGAAGAGAGAACGUGAGGAGUCACAAGCAGCCACAAAAAAGGAGGAAGCCUUGAGGAGGAAGCAUCAUUUCUCUAAGAAGAUGGGGAGUGCUUCGUCCAGUGGGCACUCUGGUUCUGCAAAGAGAAGAAAGGGCAUGGAUGAUGUUGGUACGAGCAGCUAUGGAAGGGAUGUUGCAAAUCAAAUGGGUUUAGGAACUGGAGGAUCUGGAGUAGUUGACAUAUCUGGAUCUAAACCAGCUAAUUCUGAAACAUUUAGGGUCACUGGAAUCACUAAGCCCAGCAGCGUGAGGGAUGUUUCCCAGCAUGAAAUCCGGAAUCUAAUGAUGCAGAAGGCUAGGAUGGAAAUUCAAAAGAAACUGAAUGAGUGGAAGUCAAUUACUAUUGAUAACCAUGCAGUCAAAGAAGCGGAAAUUGGGAAUGAGAAAUUAAAUGAAAAAGGAGAACAAUCUUUGGGAAACAGUGACAUGCCUGGUCAGAACAAGUCUGGUGUGUCAAUGAAUAAGAAGAAUGGAUCCUGUGCCACCAGGUCCUUUCCCGGCACUUCUGGUGCUAAAACAGAUGCAGAAACCUUAGAAACAUUGUCAAUAAAUGUCCCAGAUCCUGAUUUUCAUGAUUUUGACAAGGAUCGAACUGAAAGAUCUUUUGGAGAUAAUCAGGUAUGGUCUGCAUACGAUGAUGAUGAUGGUAUGCCUCGAUAUUAUGCUAUGAUUCAUAAUGUGAUUUCUUUGAAUCCGUUCGAGAUUCAAAUCAGCUGGCUUAACUCAAAAACUAACAGUGAAUUGGGGCCCCUAAACUGGGUUGGUUCUGGUUUCUCGAAAACUUGUGGGGAUUUUAGAAUAGGCAGACAUGAAAUCAAUAACUCCCUUAAUUCUUUUUCUCACAAGGUUAGGUGGACAAAAGGCGCACGUGGAGCCAUUUGUAUUUAUCCGAGAAAGGGGGAUGUUUGGGCUCUUUAUAGAAAUUGGUCCCCUGACUGGAAUGAGUUGACAUCCGAUGAAGUAAUUCACAAGUAUGACAUGGUGGAAGUGCUGGAAGACUAUAACGAAGAACUAGGUGUAACUGUUGCUCCGCUGGUUAAAGUGGCUGGUUUCAAGACAGUGUUCCACCGGCAUUUGGACCUCAGAGAAAUUAGGAGGAUUCCAAGGGAUGAGUUGUUUCGGUUCUCCCAUCACGUCCCAUCACACUUGCUAACUGGUCAAGAAGGUCCGAAUGCCCCAAAGGGUUGCCGGGAGCUGGACCCAGCAGCUACUCCAGUAGAACUUCUUCAGAUAAUAACCGAUGUUAAGGAACAAGAGCUUAUGGAGGAUGAGGUUAUACUUAUUACAGACAAUGUAGUGGAUAAUGUUGAAAAGGCCAAUGGCAAAGAGAUGACAGAAAAACUUGAGAAAGUUCAGGAAGAAGAGGAGGAGGAUUCCAAAGAUAUCCAGGAAGUAGAAAUUGUGCAGGAUACAGAAGAAAAGAAGAUAGACGAGGGAAUGGAGCAAGCCCAAGAAAAGGGGGUUAGUUGAAUUUUGGAUCAUUUUCAUCCGAUAUUGAAUUUAUUGACUUGGUAUAAAAUUGGAACAAACUGAUUCAUAAUUUCGAGCAUCUUUGUCUAAACAACACACUGAAGGUCUCUGGUUCAAGUCCAGGGGACUCCACCAAAGCUCAGCCUGACCCGUCAAACUAUAUAUAGCACAUCUCACUUCCUGCUCAUCUGUGAACUCAAGGAAAUCAAAUAUCCAAAAGCCUCCUAGAUUUCAUGGUGCGUGUGAAUUGACACAGGUGGAGGCCUAGAUGUUAAAAAUGGAGAAGAUAUUUGUCUUUCUUGAGUUGAAUGAUGAGCAGAAAGUGAGAUUUGCCACAUAUAUGUUAGAGGGUCAUGGCCGAGCUAAUGGGACCGCGCAAUAUCACUUGAAAUUAUGUGGGGCAUCCCCUCAUAAUAAUCCUAAACUCUCAAUUAUCUGUGCAACUUGGAGGUGAUCUAGAAAGUGAACUUACAUGGUACUUGGGAGUUCAAGCAGCUCGAAGUUGGAAGCUCCCUCUAGUGAUAAUUAUGCCAAAUGGAGCUUCUUUCAAUGGUUUGCAAGCUGGAUACUCAUACAACUCCUCCAAGAACUAAUUUGUUCCUCGAGGAAGAUCUCUUUAUCAGCUAAAGCUCGUCAAUAUAUGAGCCUGCCAAUGAGCUUCCACUUGAUCUCUUUUAUUCUAUGGCCCUCUACUUGCUCUAUUUUUUUUUUUUUUUUUUUCUUUUUAUCUGACUGUUAAAUUGCAUGGUCCCUCAUACUUCUCUGUAGAGUUGUACUGUUCUGUUUAGAGAACAAAUGAUAGCAUUGAUUUUGAGUUGAAUUUACUUCAUGCUUGAAA